AUGUCGUAUCUAUCACUUUUUAACUUAAUUGUCUACAAUUUGUUGCAAAUAAACUUAAGAAAUGUGCUCAUAUUUCAUUGCUGGCAAUUGCCAGAUCUUAUGCCGCUGGCAGAGCUUUUCUCCCGGAACUACAUUUUCUCCCAGUACGUUAAUCUCAAUCAGAAAAGCGAAUUCUUGGCUAAUUUUCACAGGGAUUAUUUGGAAAGUGAACCAACCAAAUUAGGCGUAUUCUUGGACCUGAGUUGCAGCCAAAGCUCCUUCAUAACAAAUCAGACGAGUAGAGCGCGUCUUUAUACGGAGAACUUUCAUUGGCUCUUAUAUGAUGAAGCGGGUAAUAUGAGACUGUUGGAAGAAUUAUUUGAUAAAGCCAAUCUGAGCAUCAAUGCUGAUGUGACCUAUGUAAAGCCGAAUUCAAGAGAGGAACGGAAUGAAACCAGAUUAUUUACGCUUUACGAUGUCUAUAAUAAAGGCAGUCAUUUGGGUGGGAAACUCAACAUAACUAUAGAUCAGAGUAUUUACUGUAAUCAGAGUGAUUGUGAGAUAAAAGAGUAUCUGAGUGAUCUGUAUAAAAGAACCAGAUUGCAGCAGCGCAGUAAUUUACAAGGUAUUACUUUCAGACAGGUUGCAUUGGUCACUGUGCUGCCUCUCAACUCGAGCGAGAAGUCGCUUAUUAACUUUUUGAAUAGCGAAGAUAAUGUACAUUUGGAUUGGAUAUCUCGCUUGGGUUAUCGCAACAAUUUACACUUGCAGGAAAUGCUAAAAUUUAAUGUUAGUUACGUUUGGCGGGAUCAAUGGAGUCUCAAUGAUACAAUUGGCGGUGCCAUGGGUGAAGUAGUUAAUGAACAUGUUGAAUUAUCGACAACAGCUUUUGUUAUAUCAGACGCACGUCUGCGUAAGAUUUUUCCCACAACGGAAAUUGGCCAAUUUCGAUCGGUUUGCAUCUUUCGAACACCACAUAAUGCUGGCAUCAAAGCUGGCGUCUUUUUGGAGCCAUUUAAGCCAAGUGUUUGGUUAGUUUUUGCCGCCUUACUGGUUUUCUCUGGUCUGCUGCUUUGGAUAAUAUUUGGACUUGAGCAGCGUUGGUUGCCACGCUGUUUGGCCUAUAUACCCUCACUUUUGACCAGCUGCUUGAUUAGCAUUGGUGCUGCCUGUAUUCAGGGCUCUAAUUUGAUACCAAACUCUACUGGCGGACGUUUGGCCUUUAUAUCGCUUAUGUUGACCUCGUUUCUUAUGUAUAACUAUUACACAUCGAUUGUGGUUUCCACCUUAUUAGGUUCUCCUGUACGUUCCAAUAUCAAAACUGUGCAACAACUUGCUGACAGCUCGUUGGAUGUUGGCUUUCACGACCUGCCAUUUAAUCGGGUUUACUUAAACAGCUCACCACGAUCGGAUAUAAUCAGCCUGGUUAAGCGAAAGGUGGAAGGACGCGAUCCCAAAACCAUUUGGUUGAGUGCCAAAGAAGGUGUUCUUCGAGUACGUCAACAACCAGGCUUUGUAUUCGGCUUAGAAGCUUCGUUCUCUUUCAACUUUGUGGAACAAUAUUACUUGCCCCAUGAGAUUUGCGAAUUAAAUGAAAUCCUCUUUCGUCCGGAAAGUAGAGUCUAUACAAUUGUGCACAGGAACUCUACAUACAGGGAAUUAUUAAAACAGAUCCAACUGCGAAUGCUGGAAGGAGGAAUGACUCAAAAACAUCGACGUUUCUAUACCAAAUCGAAGCUGCACUGUUUCUCCAACAAUUAUGUAAUUAAUGUGGGCAUGGAAUAUGCAGCGCCACUCUUUAUAGCUCUUUUGGUCGCAUACUUUGUGGCUCUCUUCAUUUUAUUACUGGAACUCAGUUGGGCAUAUAUGGGAAGGCGAUAUUGGCAGCGCUUAAAAAAUCUAAACUAA